GCUAGAAUCACAAUGUUCAAAACAAUUUUUCAUUCUGCGCUUGUUUGUCGGAGGGGAUGUCGACCUCUAAAGCUCGGUGUUGUGUAGCAUUGUUGCUUAUUUUUGGUUGUGCGAAUGCAUUAAUGGGGAAUGGAAAUUUCCGUCGAAAGGUAUCCCUAGAGUUAAACCCUGGACUGAAGCCUCCCUCCACAGCGCCCCCUGGAGUCAGUCUGCUGCAUGUGCGAGCGGUGGGUGGUGAUGACACCCUGCACGUCCUCCUUUGCAGCCUGGAGGCUCCUGCAGUGCUGCUGGUGCACACCAACUCCACAGAGUCCUCGCUCCGGGUGGACUGGGCUGCCUUCCUCAGGGGCAAUUACACGGGCAGUGUCCAGGUGGCGCCAAAGAGCAGUGUGCAGUAUAGCAGUGCGCUAGUGUUCACCAGGGUGUGGGAGUACGACGAUGUAAACAACACCGCCGACAUGCAGGACCUGCCUGUGUCCAGCUUCCUCCCACCCUACGAGCUGCGGGACUUCACCUGGGAUAACCUGAACGAGACUGUGGACUACACACACCACACUGCCCUGCUCUGUGGGAGGCACAACACCUCAAGCUUCAGCAACGGCUCCCUCUGUCUGCGUUUUUCAGCUUUUGACUCAGAGGGUCGUGAGGAGGAAUGGCCAAGCCUUCUCCACAAUGCUGACUCCUGUCAGCUGCGUCUGUGUUUGGACCGCGUGACGCCGCGGGCCAACCAGUCACGUUUCGGUCUGGAGCUCCAGGCAGUAAGUGAAGAGGGGUUCCAGGCUAGCGUAGACGUUCACAGAUCCAUCGAUGAUGAGUACACGCCCUCGAUAUUCCAGGUAUCCCAGUGGCUGUCCCCCCCUGCCAACUCCACCCCCUCCUCCACCCAGGGCUACAUUCAGUGGAAGGCUGUGGCAUACCGCAAGUCCAAGCCUGUCCUGGAGGAUGCUACGCCCUGCCGGCACUCCCAGCCGCUGGAUCUCCCGCAGGCACCACCUUCGGGGCUUGUGCUGGCCUACUUCUCCAAGCAGGCCUCCACCCGCGGCCUGAACCUCAGCUUCAGCAUGGCUGGAGACGCCUCCUACAGCUCCACCAACUUCCUCAGCUGGACGGUGCUGGUGGGAACAGGUGCCCCUCCAGCAGAUUUCUUCUCACUGUUGGUGAUCGCCAUCAUGGCUGUUGGGCUUGGCACACCUCUUGCCCUCAUCCUGGUGGGAGGAGUUUAUGUCUAUAUCCAGAAAAGAAGGCAAGACUCCUCAGCCUAUGAGUCCAUCAACUGAGGCCACUUAACCAUUCUGCCCCACCCACACAUGUGCACUAGCCAAUGAGCAUACGUUUCUGAAGUUACACAUACCACUUAAUGCAAACAGCCAAUCAUGACUGACUGCUGUAGUUGACUGAUGGCUCAGUGUCUUCCUGAUUAAUGCCGUUUACCCAGUGGGAACUGAAGGGCCUUUUUAACUCUUUUCUUAAUGAACACUGUGCAGAGGAACAGAAUUCUUUAUCUGUUCACUUAAACUAAAACAUUAAACUGCACAACAGCCAGGUUGAAAUACUGGAACUGUGCACAUGGUUUGUCUUCCCCUUUCAAUCCAGCGGAAUAGAGAAUGAAAGCAAAGCUGAAACUGACUGCUAAAAUUGCUGUCUGUGGGCGGAGCUGGGGAGGUGCAUGGCGUGUUUCAUUGCUAGCGGAUGGUGCCAUUCACCUGCCAGCUGGAGGAUCAGGGGGCCCGUACAGGGGGUGGAGCUUAAGAUGGAAGGAUAGAGCUGUGAGCGGGGUGUGUGGCAUGGGGCAGAGCCACGAUGGAGCAGUGCUGUGGAGGUUUGCACUUUUGUACUAACAGUAUCUCAGGGAUGUGGGUCUGGCCCAGUUGUCUUCUGGUCCUGCUAGGAUGUGUUGGGAUUGGUGCACUCCAUGCCGGAGAAGGACUCAGAACGUGAGUGACUGGAGGAGACAAGACAGUAGGGAGUGUCGCUGGUGUCAUGUUCAGUAGCCUUGUUCCCAGAUGCUCGCCUCUUCCCCACAGAGAACUGAAACCUGCGGUGCGGAGAUGGAUGUUCCUUCAGCCCUGAGCGUUAGAUUUAAUGUUUUUUAACUGUUGAAUUUUUGUAAAUUGUAAAUUAAGUGUGGCAUUAAGUCUCAGGUAAUCAUACUUGUGCAUCGUGUGUACAUACUUUUAAUUAACUUGGCAAAAUAAAAAUUAGUCAUGUUUUA